AUGAGCCUCUCCGUCACUCAAAGCGUGCGCGACGAAAUGGUGGCUGCUCUCUUGUUGGCCCUUGACUACACUCAGGGUGUUUUAAAAACGGGAAUUGGCACCAAAAAUGUGAAUGUUUUCUUUAGGAAUGCUUUGUCACGCGUGGUACGCUGGUGGUUGCCGUGUAUCGUUUCUAUCUUUAUCCUUCUCCUUGUGACGUUGCAGAAGCGAGUCCUAAAUGCCAGGAGACGGCAAUUGCCUGACGUCAUUAUUUCAAGUGAGAGGAGUAAAAACCCUCCGUCUAACACCGUUGGGGCGGAGAGCAGCAUCGGGAGAAACAUUGGGGCUGAGGAAAGCACAGGAAUGCAGAGAUCACAUGAGGCUCAGCGGGUAAUAGAUGCGUACUUUGGCCCCGCAAAUAACACGGUGGUAGACGACUUUGAUGCAGAUGGGCAUGUGCAGAAGCUUCUCAAGCAUUUCAAUCCCUCAAAUACCACCACCACCACCACCGAGUCAUGA